UCUCUCUCUCCGGACUUUGAUGCACAUCUUUCCAAUGAUUGGAAAUUGUUGGCAGCCAACUGAUAACAAGAGACCCACAGAGAUGUAGAGAGAGAGAGAGAGAGAGAUUGUAAACUUAUCCUGUCCUGUAAUGCCUCCUCUGUACCCCCCUAAGUCCCGCCCAUUUUCUCUCAUCCACAUUUUGAUUGGUCAGGCUGCCAGCAACAGUCUGCUCUCCAUCUCCUGUGCUCCCCCUCCUCUCUGUUUUCCUCCCUCUCUCUCCUGCGCUCUCUGCAGCUUGUCAGUGAAUGAGUCCAGUCAGACACAAGCUGUUAAACAGCACAGCCUCUCUCCCUCCCUCCCUCUCUCUCUCUCUCUCUCUGUCCUUUCCGUCUCAGGAGCAGACAGUCAGCGGAGCGUCGGCCACUGGGGCGACACAGGACUGACGGAGGAAAGCAGCAAACGUCGCUCACAGCACCACAACACUGACAACAUCUCCAGCAGAACGUUAACUGCAGUACAGUUCAAGUGAAAGCAGAAGCAACAGAUUGCCCCCAGGUGAGACUGUCGCUGCGACUGAUGCUCUCCCGGGUGAUCUGGGCUUGAAACGAAGAAGAUUUGCAGCAGCUCCUGCAGCUGACGCCUCCCGGGGUUUUAAAGUCAGUUUCCCUGUGUGAAAGAAAGAGAAGCUUUUGCUCUGUCAAAGCAAGAAGGAUUGAGAAAGCUGAGCAACAGAAACCAAAAGCUUUGAUUCAUUUGGAAAGCAACACGUUUCAAGCUGGGCGUCAACAUCACCUUCAUCGCCAGUGUCUCCACUCAGCUUCCUUCUACCACCGGGAUCUGAUGCAGACCAGGCGUCCGAAUGAAUUCAGGAGCAGCAGGAGGAUGACAUGUUGACAUGCAGAGUUCAGGGAGUUUUGCUGUGAAACAAACUGAGUAACAUCAGGUUUAAUCAGCGUAAAGCAGUCUGAUAAGACCCUCAAGCAGACCACAGUAAGUCCGUCAGACUCUCAGCUGGACGUCUGUGGACAAAAAAGGGAUGAAAAGGAGGAUGCACACCAGCUCCAGCCUGACAGAAGAGAUAAAACAAGAAUCCAAAAUCUAGAGCAGCAAUGACAGGAGGAGAGGGAUCUGCUGCGCACAGCCACAGAUUGAUGUCCACUUGAACAAAAACAUUAAACAACGAGAUCAUUCAUUAGAAGACUUAAUCUCAUCAGCAGUGAGCAGCCGACAGAGAUAUCUUACUUCACGAGGAUGAGGUUGCACCACAGGAGUCAUUUGCUCUAACAUCAGAAUCUUUCUUCAACUUCUGCUGCCACUUGUCGCGAGUGGAUCUGCCGUGGGGGGCAGCUGACAGCCAUCCAAGACGCCGCGAGCCGUACUCCGCGUGAAGAAUGCCCAGCCGCGCUUGGCCAAGCCGGCCGACCCGGGCCCGACGGCGGGCCUCUACAUGGAGAGAUCGCAGAGCCGCAUCAGCCUGUCGGCGUCCUUCGAGGCCCUCGCCAUCUACUUCCCCUGCAUGAACUCCUUUGAUGAAGACGACGGGGUGGAUACAGAGGGCAGGAAGCUGAAGGGGGGCAUUCAGAGGAGCACAGAGACGGGUCUGGCUGUCGAGAUGCCCAGUCGGACCGUCCGCCAGGCCAGCCACGAGUCCAUAGAGGACAGCAUGAACAGCUACGGCUCCGAGGGCAACCUGAACUACAGCGGCAUGUGUCUGGCAUCGGACGCACAGUUCAGCGACUUCCUCGACGGGAUGGGACCCGCCCAGUUCGUCGGGCGACAGACGCUGGCGACGACGUCCAUGGGUGACGUAGAGAUCGGUCUGAUGGAGAGGAAUGGCGGUCUGGAGGUGGAGGUCGUCCAGGCCAGAGGACUCACCAUAAAACCAGGCUCAAAGGGACCUCCAGCCGCCUACAUCAAAGUUUACCUCCUGGAGAACGGGAUCUGUGUGGCCAAGAAGAAGACCAAGUCAGUGAGGAAGUCUCUGGAUCCUCUCUACAACCAGGUCCUGGUCUUCUCUGAAAGCCCACAGGGGAAAGUGGUGCAGGUGAUCGUUUGGGGCAACUAUGGACGGAUGGACCGCAAAUGCUUCAUGGGCGUAGCUCGAAUCCUACUGGAGGAGCUAGACCUGAGCACAAUGGUGAUUGGCUGGUACAAACUCUUCCCUACCUCCUCCAUGGUGGACCCAAAGAUGGCGCCACUGAUCCGCCACUCCUCCCAGAUGUCCCUGGAAAGCACCAUUGGUCCCUGUUGUGAGCGAUCCUAAGACUUACGCAAAAACAGAAGGCUGUGUCGUUGUGACUAAUAUUCCAUUGCUGUCUCUACCAAAUCCUAGGACACAUCUUUAUAUACCCUGUAGCCCCAUGCCCAGGUGGCAAUUCCCCUGGAGCAGAUAGGUAUCUCAAGGGAACUUUGACAGGGCCAACCACAUUUGGGGCUCCACCACCCCGCUGAUUGGGAAAUGACUUUUUGGCACUCAUUGAACAUGUACUGUAUUCUUUUGAUAUUGUAUCCAACUGUUUCCUGAGACUCAUGGGAAGCACAUUUCUUUUCUUGUUGCAACUAACCGCCCCUCAGACUCACAGGAAAAUUUUGCUGUCUUCAGAUCUCUUUGAAGAAAAAACAAAAACCUAUUUAAUGAGGAUACUUCAAAGGAGGGCUCGGUUUCCGACAUUGAUCACGUCCUAUUGGGACCACAGUACACGGCGGGCUCAGCUUUGCUUCAGCUAAGCGCCUUCUUCACAGCCUACAUUCGAUUCUCAUUCCCAGGACUGCUUGUUGUCUUGCUGUGUCCUCAUUAAGGGGCUGCACAGCUUCUGAGUGCUAUCUGUCAGUCCACGAGUCCGCAGAGAAAGUGAGACUGCCCUCAGACUGUUUGAGACAACGGCCUCCCAUUUUGCAGGAGCAUGGAAACUGCAGAGGACGUUAAAAAGAAAAACAAUUUGUUUUAACCCAGUAAGACUUCUUGGUUUCUAACACACUGACUUGAACUGUUUUUUUUUUCUUUUUUUCAUUUUGUGUCACACAUUUGGCCCUUCAAUGUUCAGUUCAUUUGGUAUUAAGUGUGUACAAGUGUAGUAGGCAUAAAAGAAAUCCCCUUUUGUAUUCAGGAAUGAUCUAGAUUUCUACCUGAUCUUGCGCAUCCAGAGCGCUACUGGGUUUCUAACCUACCAGUUAGCUUGGAUUGCACUUAGAUUUCACUACAGUGACAGGUUUAAAUCGGUUCGUACGUGGAUUUAUGUGGUUUCAAACAAGAACUAUCAGGUUCUGAGUUCCUAAAGACCAUGUGCCAGUGUGACCCAAGAGCUAUUUUCAUUACGAUCCAUCACAACAUGAGCUAAUUUUACUGAUCUCUUGUGAAAGGUGCUUAUCAGAUAAAUCAGUGAGUGUUGUGUUUGAUGGGGAUGAAAACACGCCUUGUGGGUUUUUAGAAAACACGAUCUAAGAUCCCAUUUUUCCUGGUUGUUUUGUCAAUUUGCAAGUUGAUUGCAUCCAAAUGGAGAUUCAUUGAAGACACGUUUUAAAAUCUGGUUCUCUGAACAACUUCAAUUCCAUUUUAGCCAGAUGGGAUAGAGGUAUUCAUAUUUGGUGUGGGCUACAUUAUACUAGGCAGCGCAAUGUUAUGCUAUGUAGCCACUGAAGGUGCAUUGUAAUGUGUGGAAAAAAAGGCGUAUAGAGAUAUCAGGAAUCGAUUUUAUACAUGGCAUAUAUUGUAUUAAAUCACAAUUUGAAGUCAGAGUGACCAACCAUACUAACACUUCAAAAUGCAACGUAGUUAAUCAGGAUACAAUCCAGAGAAGAGCUGAGACAGCCCAGUGCAAAUGGGAUCUGUAAUGAAAAUGGGUGACCUCAUUUGGUUCAGUUCCGUUCUGUGUUUCACAUCCACUUGGACGUGCAGGUCACAUCAAGUGCGGCGGGAGAUAUUACACCUGUGUCGUAGUACUGACAUGUGAUGCUAAUACUAAAAAUACAAAUGUUUCCAAAAGCUCUGAGGAUGGAGGCCUGGCUGGAAAAAACAAAAACGUGCUGCAUAUCCCAGUUUAACCGUAGUUCAGAACGCUCUUUAGCUAAUUCUUCAGAUUUUUUAAAGCUUUGGCUAACAGUUGUCCAAUAACAAUCUGUACUGUGCCAAUUUCUACCAGCAAGUGUCUUCUCUUUCCUCUUCUUCUAUUACAUUGCGGCAUGUGCUAUUGUGAGGAACAGAAACAACCACUCACAACAUCUGACAGCAGUGUUCAGGCUGCGCAGAGAAGCGUCCCUUUUAUUCUAAAUUACAGGCCUAAUCCACAGGCCGCAGAGGCACCUGGUGAUUAGCCAUGCUACGACUCAGUGUGGAGAGAGGAAGAGAGGGAGGAAAGGGAUUGAGAGAGGAAGGAAGCAUGAAAUGUACUUUGCAUCAUCCAAACAAAGGAUCUGUCUGGACUGAUGUCAGGAUUCACAGAUUUCAGAAAAGGACACAAAAAUAGGAUGAACUUAAAGGGUACACAGUGUGCACACUGUAGAGAAAUUUAUAGUUUAUUAAAGAGCAAAAGUAUAUGUAUUUCAUUUGGGCACUUUGCAAUUCUUUAAUGUCUUUUUUAUGUGUAAAUAUUAUGGUUGUUAAUGUAUUUUGGAGUGAGCCAAAGUAAAUCUUUAAUGACUUAGUUGAUUAAUGUUAAAAUCUGAGGGAGGGAAGAGAUAUCCUAGCUAGUUACUCUAAGACUGUAGCAUUAGCUGGUAGCAUCCACAUGAUCGAUUUUAAUUAGCAGACAACUUAAUAAGAUUAAGCAUGAGCUAUAUGCUACAAAUACAGAGGAUAAAUGAAAUGUGAUAAACUGAGGUAUAUAUAUAUGUAGCAAUUUAAUUCAGAGUCAAAGUUUACUGGAUUUUAUUUUGGGCUUUUUCUUUUCACGCAAUACAGUAACUGAGAUCUGUAAUAAGAGACAAGAAAACAGCUUUGAUUUUUUUUUUUUUUAACUUUGAAGCAAAUUUCAGAACAAAAUGAACUUUGUCUUACACUAAUUAACAAAUAUUUUACAUAAACAAUACAAUUUGGAGUAACUUUCAAAAAACUUUGCAAAAUAGGCCUCUGUUUUGCAGUAGCAGCAUUGCAGGGAUAUUCAUACUGUAUUUAUUUAAAAACAGAUUAGCUACAUUAUUUUUUAAAGCAAUAAUAAAAAAAACAAAAACGUCCUGUCAUUGCAGUUUUUCAGUUGUUCAGUGGAAACUGUGGAAAAUGACAAACUUAGCCAGUGAUUUUCACUGUGGUCAGAUUUAUUAUUUCUAUUUUUUAUUAACAUAAAAAAGAUGGCCAAUGUUUCCCCAAUUCUUCCAACUGUGCAAAAGUACCAAAAUAUCCCAUAUACAAGCACUACUAGCUUGUUCUGGUGACCUCAUUUGGAGCCAGAGUCUGUGCAGUAGUGAUCGACUGGUGGAGGUGUGGUAUCGAGUUUCCGCCCAUAUAUCCGUUUGACCCAAUCAGGAGCAGCACUCGGCUGUCAAUCCUGAUGUUUCAUCUUCCAUUUACAGCAUCAAAUAACUAAUUAAACCAAACUUAUCAGAAAAAUAAACAAUUGAACAUACAUCAGAACUAGCUAAACUGACAGAAAUCAUCUUUUGGAAAAAAAUAUUUGAAUCUGAUUUGAAGUACUUUCAGGUUUUGCCCAUGUGGUAAAUUUUGUAUAUAUUAGGAUUUUUAAAGUAUAUUUGAUUCUGAAGUGUUUACUGCUCUGAUUGAUUGGAAACUGAAAAACCUGAAAAUCACUUGUUAAGAUCUGUCAUUUUAAUUCAGCACUCAUGUUAUCUUAUUCCAGGGAGAAUGUCAUGUAGUCUCCGAAGAAUCUGUUUACAAAAUAAAUAUAAUUGCCUAUGUACAAUUAAAAUGUCUGAACUGAAAAAUGCAGGAUCAUUUUUCAAAAAAUAAAAUUGCAUUGAAUAGCAUGGAUUUGAAUCUAAUCGUGACAAUGACUGCCUGGCAGUUAAAACAAAAGACUGUUUUUAAAAAUGAGGUGAGAUUAGAAAAAUUGCAUAAAUCAAAUAUAUAUUAUAUAUAUAAAUAUAUUUAAAAUCAGUUAUCUCAUCUUACUGUAACCCAAGGAAUGUGUUUUGUCAAUGUUCUUUUGUGCCAAAAUUUACACAAAUUUUGAGGGCUGAUCUCAUAAUUGAGGACCAAUGAAAGAGGAACGUUUACAGACUUAGCAUUUGAGUUUCCGUUUAGCAGAAUACAUUCUGUUCUAAAGAAAUUUCCUUUUGUCUAAGAAGGAGAACUCAACAAACACAAGUCAUAUUGCAUGAUGAAGAUCUAGAUUUAGUGACGAUGGAUCACACAGACGGUUUGAAAUACAAACUUGCAGUGGUCACCAUCAUAGAAGUUUCCCAUCUUUCUGCAUCUAAUCUGCAGCAGCUGCCUGUACAAUAUUAAGUGUUGUUGUUUAUUGUAGCAUAUAAAAGCUCAAAAACCAUAGCUAAUAGUUCCUCUCAAGGAGCAAUGCAAAAUGGCAGCGGAAGUACGGCUUGCGUGCAGUGAAUGAUGGGUUUUCUGUGAUCGUAUACAACCGACCAUUGCAAGGAAGUUUUAUUCUUUGAUUGUUGGGAAGAGAGACAAAAUAUAUGCCAAGAUUGCUAGCAGAAUUAAGAGUAAUUAAUGUUUGUUUAUUUAAAAAAUAUUGUGUAAUUUUGCUCAUCAGAAGCAUCUUGUUCAGCAGUCUGAAUUUGUUUUUUGUGACAUUUUGUAACUCCGAAGGCAAAUGAAUGAGUUAGCGAAAUACACAGAUGUUAUAGUUGACAUAUUCAGCAUCGAAAAUGUACGUCUUUGCAUUCAUUCAUAUUUUGAUUGUGUCAGCCACAUGGAUGUGAAUUAUGUACUACGAUCAAUUGUAAUGUAAGUAGAGGCCUUAAACACACCGAUAUACAUUUUGUCAGGGCUAAGAAAUGUCAUAUAAAGUAAACAAAAUGACGCAAAAAAGUUUUACAGUGUCACCAUUUCAACCCAUUACUUAAAGUAAUUUAAGUGUCAUCUAAGGAAAUGAUAAUAUUUGCAUAUGUUCUUAAUGAAUUUCUGAUAUACUGACUAUUUGUGUAUCUCUCCCCACUCCUUGGUGUGGGCUUAAUUGAAGAAACUGAAAAAGAAGAAAAAAACAUUUUUUGCAAAGUAGAUAUUCAAACAUUCUAACCUGUUUCUUAACAAGACUUAUUUUCUAAACUUAGAACUUAAACUAGGUUACACUCGUGUUUCUUUAUUGAUGUUUGAAUGCACAUAUUGAUACUUUGUGGUUUAAACUGAGUAGGCUAAAACAAGGAAAACAAAAGAACAUUUGCAAUUUAGCCAUCUGUAAGAAUCAUACUGGAGUCCUGUUGGGGUCCUUUUCCACCCUGAAUACUUUUUAGGUUGGCAGUCUGCAAAACCAGACAUUUUCCCCUUUCCCUCAUUAGUGCUACUCAGUUCCAUGGCAGGAGAAAACUAUCACCACAGCUGGUUUACAUAUGUGUUUAGUACAUAACUUUUGAAUAUGAAACAAAGGUUGUUACGUCCCCUAUAACUUUCCAACAGUUCCAGUUCCAGAUCAGUUCAGUUCAGUGAUGGAUGGACAGCCCUCUUGUUAGACACUGGCCAUAUAAUGUAACUACAUUGUCUGUUGUUGUUCUGAAUAAGAGCUGCAGCAUUUACGUGAGCUGAAGCAGGUGUACCCAUGGGUUCACAAAUUAUUUAUUGUUUGCUGUAAGUGCACAUUUUCAUACAAACAAAUCUAAAACAGCUGCAGCUGUAAGUGCUCAACUCAUUUCCCAAUUAUUCCAAUGAAAGUGAAUGAAAAAGGUCUAUCAUGGUUCCUUUGGGCGCCAUAUGUUUGGGCCAAUAAAGCACUGGCAU